CAACGAUUGUUUUUUUUCAACACUUUUUUUUUAUUUCAUUUUUGUUUGUUCUUCCCUUUGGGGGAAAUAGUGUAGAUUAACAAGCACAGAAACCGACUCAAGUAUUUUAUUCAGAUAGAAAAGAGGCAUCUCAUUUCAACAUUAUUCAAUGAGUUCAGGAACACAGUCGAUCGCAGACCUCACGACCGAAAUCAAGCUAACUAGUGGGUCUAUUCCCCCACCUUUGGUAGGUGCCUCUACUACAGUUGCUGGGAAUAGCCUAUAUGUGUUUGGUGGUCGAUUAGUAUCUUCACGUCAAAUGACCAAUCAUCUUUACAUUUUGAAUUUAGACACUUUAGUCUGGACGCAACAUAUUGCUCAACCUGACUCUCCACCUGCACCACGUCCUCGAUACUUUCAUUCGACAAAUCUUUUUGGCCGCUAUUUGGUAGUUUUUGGCGGUAUGAGUUAUUCAGUUAGACGCUCAUCCCAAAGUCUGUGUGCUUUAGACGAUGUCUGUUUAUUUGAUUUGGAAUUAAUGACAUGGAAAUACCCGGAUAUUGAACCAAGUAUAUAUGCACCGCAAUCACGAUAUGCUCAUUUAGCAGUAUGCUCAGCCGAUAAACUUGUUGUGAUGGGUGGUCAGGAUAUGUCGAACCAAUAUAUAAAUGAAAUUAAUGUGUUUAAUCUCACGACAUUAUCUUGGAUCCAUGGAGGUGCGCUUAGUAGACAAUAUGGUGCAUAUAGAGCCGUAGCCUUCUGUCCUUCCAAUGUAGAUACUAGUAUAAUGUCUACACAGCCCUUUUGGCAGGAAAAUAAUCAGCCCCACAAUGAUUUACCACUUUGCGUGUAUUCCAAUUACAAUUUCACCGACGUUACUCGCGACCUACAAAGUUUUUCACCACUAACUUCAGCUGAAUUCAAAGAUCAUUCGAUGGAUAUGUCUGGUACAUCCUUACCACCUGGUCUUCGAUUCCCCUCUGGUGAUUUGCUUGGACAUCACAUGCUUUUGACUGGUACUUAUUUAACACCUACGCAUCGAUCCUUUCACAUUUGGGCUCUCAAUCUAGCCAAUUUAGUUUGGGUGAGAAUUGACACGGGCUCUAUAUUGUCUCACGGUUCAUGGAAUAGGGGUGUGUUGUAUGAAGACAAACAAAAGUUUUUUGUAUUUGGAGAUAAGUCUAGAGAUUUGCUAGAGGAUUAUAAUCAUCGCCAAGUGAAUUUCGCCCAUGUUGCUAUUGUGGAAUUGGAAGCGUUUGGUAUUUAUUCCUACCCCAAGGAGACUUGUGCACCGGUUGCUCAAGAACUAGGCCUCAGCAUGUUAAAUGAACCUAGUAUGGCGGAUAUAGAAAUAUUAACAGACGAUGGUCGUUCAAUUCCUGCCAAUUCUAGUGUAAUUGCACUUCGUUGGACUCAUUUUGCUUCAUUGCUUUCUGAAAAACUAGAGAAUCCUGGUUUCAAAAGUUUAUCUUUCCCGGAAAGUUACCCUGUAACCCUGGCGUUUCUACAAUUUAUUUACACUGAUCAUUUGAUGACUGCUCAACAGCAUUAUCCGCAGAUUCUCUCAAGACUUUUGGUAUUAGCUGAUGUAUACAAUUUACCUCGAUUAAGAUUGUUAGCUACACAUGCGUUACAUCAAAUUCUGACUAUCCAGACCGCAAGUAUGGUAUAUGAGACCUCUGCACUUACAGGCCGUACUGCCCUUCAAAUUCGUGCUUUACGAGUUAUGAUCAAUGCUAAAAAGAUGCUGCACCAGCAACAGCAGCAGCAAAACAUCCACCCACAAAAGCAUCAAGAGUAUCCUUCCAUGGAUUCACCCUCCAUGUUUCCUACACAGUACUCAACACAAAGACAAUCAGAGGAAGACGGUGACUUUUUCCAAUCACGUAUGUCACCUAGUUCCUCAGCCGUAAGAAGAUUGACUGGAUCUAAAUCUUCUACGACGGCAUCGCCAGAACCUUCAAGUGUCUACAAUAUGGUACCAUCACCCAAGGUAUCGAAAUCAAGCAAUGUCUAUCAAUCACAAAGAUCUCCUCAAUUUGCUCAACGUAAAACUAGUUUGGUUCCAUCGAUUUCCCAAAAUAAAGUGGGAUCGAUGUCUCCUACUUUUGAAAGACCCAAUAUGGGAAUUCGAUUUUAGUACCACUCUUUUUUAAAAAGAAAAAACUGCCAUAUAUUUAACAUCUAAUAAUUACAUAGAUUUCGUAAUCUCCUUUUUUUUUCGUGCAAUAAAAAUGAUUAUGAAUAUAAAAAAAAA